AUGAAUGACAUUGAAAGACGAAGCCUAGAUAGACAAUCAAAGAACAUCAGAUGGUUCACUCUCCCUCCCUCUCGUGUCAAGAAAGUAACAGCAUCACCGGCGGCCUCGACCUUGAUACAUGCAUCUUCAACAUCACUACUAUCGCUUUCAUUGGUUGUUAUUUCUGUCCUUAUAGCCAUGACGCCCGUAACAUCAGUUUCCAUAUUCAGACCAUCUUAUGAUGUGUUAGAACCAUCUAUAGUCCUAAAAUUCGGAGUUAUAUUACCCUACUCCACACACUAUGAAUUCAGCAUGAAAAAAGUUUUACCUGCUAUUCAAAUCGCCGUAGAAAGGAUUCUACAAGACCCACAUUUACUUCGCGAUAUUGGAGAAGUUGUUAUCAACGAAGCUGAUUCUAACUGUUCUCAGACUGAAGGUCCACUAGAGGCAAUAGACAUGUACCUUCGCGGGGAUGCCCAUGUCUUCUUUGGACCUACGUGUGACUUGGCAGUGGGUCAUGUGGCAUUGUACAGCGUGAGCUGGAAUAUCCCUGUCAUAAGUACCGGUGCUUUUAAUCAAGAACUUGAUAAUAAGAACGAAUUUCGUGUUCUGACACGAAUGCAGAGUACUUACAGUGAUGUUGGCAAUGUUUUCGAAAGUAUCAUGGAUCGCUUCCGUUGGACGACUGUGGGAUUUAUUUAUGAUAACCACUUGUGCUACCACGUCACGUUCCCAGUUUUCACAAAAGUUGUUAACAGAAGCAACGCCACUGUGUUUCAGAAACCAAUUUAUAAACACAGUACUGUCAUUUAUGAAUCAUUUCUCAGAGACGCGCAAAAACAAGCCAGGAUGUGA